AUGGCAUUUGUGUUGGCGUUACUGAUGUCAACCCAAGUGUUGGGAAAAUUAUCUGGUAUAGGUGGUCGUGGCAGCGGCAAAAGCCGGCAUUAUAUACAUGGAGCAGGCGGUGCUCGUGCUGUUGUCGGGGAUGGUAUAAAAGCUCAAGGUGGUUCCAGCGGUGGUUUUGCAGCCGAAGAUGGAGGUGCAAGUUCUAAUAUAAGAACGGGAGGAGGAGUUGUUGGUGACGGAGGUGGAAAAAGUGUUGGUAGCAUUGUUAGAAAUAAUGCCGGUGGUUCUAGAAAAGGUGAUAGUGGCGUUAUUGGAAGUGGAAGAAACCGUAUAGAUGGUACUUUUCAAGGUGAAAUAGGCGUCAUGUAUGGUGUUAGUGGUUUCGUUAGAAGAGGUGGUCACAGGCGGGUUGUAGGAAGUGGUACUAGAAGAGGUGAUCACAAAGGAGUUGUUGAUAGCAUUGUUGUAGGAGUUGGUAAUAGUGGUGCUGCUGGAGGUACUACAACUAGUAGUGAUACGUCUAGCGGUGAUAUUAGUGGUGCUGGUGGUGCCGGUGGUGCCAGUGGUGCCGGUGGUGCUGGUGGUGCUAGUGGUGCAGGGGGAGCUAGUGGUGCUGGUGGUGCUAGUGGUGCUGGUGGUGCCACUGGUGCUGGUGGGGCAAGUGGUGCUGGUGGUGCUAGUGGUGCUGAUGCUGGUGGUAGUGGUGGUGCUAGUGGUGGUGCUAGUGGUGGUGAUAGUGGUGCUGGUGGUGCAAGUGGUGCUGGUGGUCCUAGUGGUGCGGGUGGUCCCAGUGGUGCGGGUGGUCCUAGUGGUGCUGGUGGUCCCGGUGGUGCCAGUGGACCUGGUGGUGCUGGUGGUGCCAGUGUGGUGCUGGUAGUUGGUGCUGAUGGUGCUGGUGGUGGUGCUAGUGGUACUGGUGGUGCUGGUGGUGGUGCUAGUGGUGGUGCCAAUGGAACUAAUGUUGUUGGAGAUGGUCUUAGUGGUAGUGUUGGUGGAGAUGGUCUUGGUGGUAGUGUUGGUGGAGAUGGAACUGCUACUAGUACCCAUGUUUCUAGUGGUAGUAUUAGCGGUGCCGGUGGUGCUGGUGCUGCUAGCGGUGCCGGUGGUGCUGGUGCUGCUAGCGGUGCCGGUGGAGCUAGUGGUGCUGGUGGUGCUAGUGGUGCAGGGGGUGCUACUGGUGCUGGUGGCGCAAGUGGUGCAGGUGGUGCUAGUGGUGCUAAUGCUGGUGGUACUGGUGAAAGUGAUGAUACUAGUAGUGAUGGUGGUGCUACUGAUACUGGUGGUGCAAGUGGUGCUGGUGGUGCUGGUGGUAGCAGUGGUGCUGGUAGUUCUGAUGCUGGUGGUAAUGGUGGUGCUAGUAGUUCUGGUGCUGGUGGUAGUGGUGGUGUUAGUGGUGCUGGUAGUGCUAGUGUUGGUGCUAGUGGUACUGGUGGUGGUGGUAGUGGUGGUCCUAGUGGUGCUGGUGGUGCUACGGGUGCUGGUGGUGCUGCUGGUGCUGGUGGUCCUAGUGGUGCUGGUGGUCCUAGUGGUGCUGGUGGUACUGGAGGAGCAAGUGGUUCUGGUGGUGCCGGUGGAAGUGCUGGUGCUGGUGGAAAUGCUGGUGCUGGUGGAGGUGUCGAUGCUGUUAAGUUUGUUGGUAAUGUUGUUUGA